AUGACUUCCCUUAUCACACACUUUUUUGGACCUUGUCUUGUGCCACCCACAAGAAUAUGACGACAACCACUGCACUUGGAGCCGGUGCCGGUCCAGCCACCGCAUUCGCAACCAGAAAUUCAUACCCAUUAGCAUCACCUCAUCAGAAAACCACAUUUCAAGGUGUAUCAAUUCAAGAUUUCAAGAGGGGUGUCUCUACAUCUUUCUUGAAAUCCAGUGACAAAACUCUAGUUAUUUCUAGAGGAAAUAAAGGGUUAGAUAUCAAAGCAAGAAAAACUGCAGGGGCUGCUAAGGAAAUUGAAACUGAAGUUGACAAGCCUUUAGGCCUCACUUUGGGUCCUAAACCUGGUGAAGGUGGUGGUGUAGUUAUCACUGCUGUUGAUGGGGGUGGAAAUGCUGCAAAAGCAGGGUUAAAGGUAGGAGAUCAAGUGCUGUACACAAGCAGCUUCUUUGGUGAUGAACUUUGGCCGGCUGACAGACUUGGGUUCACCAAAACUGCUAUUCAGGCUGUCCCCGACUCUGUGUACUUUGUUGUUAACAGGGGGGCUUAUGUAGAUGUCAAAAGACUACCAAAACGGCCCAUUCCUCCUCGUUUUGGACGCAAACUAACUGAUGCUCAAAAGGCUCGAGCAACUCAUAUUUGUUUGGACUGUGGAUUCAUAUAUACGUUACCCAAACCUUUCGACGAGCAGCCGGAUGAGUACUUAUGCCCCCAAUGUAGAGCACCCAAGAAGAGGUUUGCAGGAUAUGAUCCCGUCACCGGAAAAACAAUUGGGGGGACACUACCUCCGAUUGGUGUCAUCAUCGGACUUAUAGCUGGUCUUGCAGGAGUUGGAGCAUUGCUUGUUUAUGGUCUUCAGUAACCAGGCUUCCACAUUUUAAUUCAGCAAUAUGUCUGUGUUAUUCCAAUAUGCUUGUCAGCUUGUGUUUUGGUCUUUUCACUUUUAUUAUAUUCUGAAUGACACUAGUGUAACAACAAAGGGUAAUACCAAAAUUUAAAAUGCCAAA